AUGCCCUUUACAAGCCCCAAUACAUCGAAAGCCGCCGGUUGCAAAGAUGUCAACGCAGCGCUUUGCGGUCUCAAGGACAUGACAGGCUCAGGCAUUAAGGAUAUCAAAUUAAACAUUGCGCUCGAUCGCUGCCUGGCCCCCAUCACCCUGUAUUUUGCGAUGCCCCUGCCUUAUAACAUGCGCCCGACGGCGCGCACCUUUGUGAAGCCGACAGCUGACACCCGGCAGGAAGCAGCUGGGCCCGGACCUGAGGCGUCCUGGACCCCGGGCACGGCGAGGCCAGGCCUCUCCAAGGGCUUCAGCUGA